AUGCCUGCGACAUAUCCUCAGGGGGCGCAACCUCCGUUUACGAAGAUGUCCGCAGAGCUCAUGAACCAAGGCCAUGACUACAUUCUCGAAGCCGGCCGUGUUCGCGACUUCGCCAGUGCAGAGAUUGCCUUCAACUAUUCCGUCCUCAACGUGGACGUCAAUUGA